GUGCCCGGAGCCGCACGUCAUUGAUGGGCUCGCUCGACGGGCUCGAGGUCCGUGAUGAAGGGAGUUGAGUCAUAUUCCUGACUAGGCUCUAGGUGCCGGACAGCAGCGGCGGACUUGCAAAUGAAAAUCCCGACUGGCUUUGGUCUGGGGCCCCGUUUGUUCAAUGUGACGAUUGUGAUUCGGGUGUCGUCCCGAGACAAACACAAACACAAACACAAACACACACACACACACAUACACAUACACACACAUACACGCACGUCUCUGAUCCAUUUGUCAGUCGCAACAGCCUCAGUUCUGAGAGUUCUAGACCGUCGCGGCGCUCGGUCCCUGCACUGCACUUUCGUGGCAGCGCCUCGUCGUCACGGGGUCUCAACUUGGACCCUCGAGAGACCCCUAUAUGCUCGAAUACCGCUUUAGCAAGGCAGCUUUGGGUACGCGAACGAACGGCGCGGCCUUCGCACCUGGCCUUGGAGGCCCGACGAGCACGGGUCGACCAUGAGAUGGGCCCGCAGGGAUGGGUACAUCACUCUGUUUUGUUGUGAGGACCG